CCUCCGAUGUCCGCCUUCGAGCUGCUCGCCUCCUUCCCGCAAGGCCUGCCGCUGGGCCAGCUGAAGGCGGUCUGCACGCCGGCGGCGGACCGCGCCGCCUUCGAGGGCGACGAGACCGCCAUCGAGGCGGUGUGGCGGGCGCGCCGCGCCAGUCAGCCCUCGCUCUUCAACGGGGCAAAGUUCCGGUUCGUGGGCGUCGAGGGCGGCACCGGCGUGGAGGGCGGCGGCGAGGGCGGGGUGGAGGCGAGGAGCGCGAGCGUGGUGCUCGGCCUGACGGACUACCGCUCCUUCCUCGGCACCAACUGCGCCGAGUCGUGGCGUGCGCUGCCGCCGGCGUGCCUCGCCUCGCCGCUCGGCAACGCGGCGGUCGUACGGACGAGCGACGGGUGCGUGGUGCUGCUGCGGCGGAGCGGCGACGUGGGCGAGUGCCCGGACACGUGCGUCAUGCCGGGGGGGCACCCGGAGCCCGAAGGCAUCGGCGUGGCCAGCUUGGAGGAGUGGCGCGGCGAGCGUGGCGCGAAGGCGCGCGCAGCCCCGGGCUGGUGCGAGGGCGUGGCGCGCGAGCUGUACGAGGCGAUGACGCGCGAGGUGGUCGAGGAGACUGGCAUCCCCCCCGCCGACCUCUCUCCGCCGCUCUGCCUCGGCUUCUCGCGGCGCGUGCUCCACCACCGCCCCGACAUCAUUUUCCUCAUCGAGUGCCGCCUCGAUAGCGCCGCCGUCGCCGAGGUGUACCGGACGGCGACCGGCGUGCACCGCGACGAGUCGACCGCGAUCGAGCUCGUCCCCCAGCAAGAGCUGCUGCGGCGCGCUCUCGACGAGGCGGCGCUGAACAUGCCCGGCUGCCACCUCGGAGGGCUGGCGCUGUUC